AGUGGAAACAUUUUAGCUGCAAUUUGAGGGCAAAAAUGGAUUUCAAUUUUUCCCUUUGUCCCCAAACGGAGGUUCACUCUUGCGACCUCUGCCUCUCCGCCUACCUGAUUCCCCUCCGCCGGCAACGACCAUCGCCGCGACCCCCUGCUCUCAGCCACCAUUCUGAUAAUCUUUUGGUUCAUCCAAGAUAACACCUUUUAUCUUCUUGUCAAUUUAAGAUAAAUCUCUCUUACUGUUAAUCGUAAGAAGCUCAGUCUCGUUUCACGUAAACCCGAGAUUUUGUAUCCAGUUCAGUUGGAGAUCGUCCAGUACAAGUAGUUGCCAAAGGUCCACAAGGUUUCGGGAUGGAGAAUAGAGAUGGCUCUUUCUUUUCAGACAUGGGAUGCAUAAAUGCCUCAAUUUUGCUCAUAAUUGGUGCUUCUACCUUGAUUGUGAUCCGGAUUUUCUACAUUAUAUAUCGCAGCAGCAAACCUCUAUAUAGUACACCACCAGGCCCUCUCAGUACUCUAAUCGUUCUAGGUUCAGGUGGUCACACUGCAGAGAUGUUAAAUCUACUAGCUGUUAUGCAGAUGGAAAAGUUUAUGCCAAGAUACUAUAUAGCUGCUGCCACUGAUAAUAUGAGUCUUCAGAAGGCUCGUGUGCUGGAGGAUUCCUUGAAGGAGAAGUCAGAGGCUGGGUUGGUAGGAACUUCUCAUUUUAUGCAAAUUUACCGAAGUCGUGAGGUUGGUCAGUCCUACAUAACUUCAGUUGGCACAACUUUAAUUGCCUUGACCCAUGCAUUGUGGCUGAUGAUCAAGAUCAGACCUCAAGUGAUUCUGUGCAAUGGGCCUGGAACUUGUAUACCACUUUGUGUAAUUGCUUUCUUUUUCAAGGCUUUUGGGAUUAGGUGGUCGUCCAUUUUCUAUGUUGAGAGCAUUGCUAGAGUUAGGAGGCUAUCUCUGAGUGGGUUGCUUCUUUACAAACUACGGAUGGCUGAUCAGUUAUUUGUGCAAUGGCCACAGCUAAAGAGCAAAUAUCCUCGGGCUAAUUAUGUAGGUCGUCUCAUGUAAUGACUCCAUUCUUUGCUCUUUCAGUGAGGGUUCUUUCAGGUGGCGAAUUCUGAAUAUUGGACUUCUGAUGAGAUGCUAAUCAACUGGCUGUUUAUUCACUUGAGAAAACACGAUGGAUGACCCAUAUGGAAAUGAGUAUACUAAGUUCAUUUACUAACCGAGGACAUUUGACCUGUGAUAUACAAAAAAGUUGAAAUAUUAAAGAAGUUAUUCGAAGUUCUUUUUCUUGCAUGUACACCACAGAUGCAUUAUAUGAACUCAAGCUCUACCAUAGAAAACUCAAAUGGAACUGUAUUUGAUGUUUUCUUAUGACCUACUGUAAUCUUAUUGCUUGAGAACUUCAUAUAAUGUUAAUAUUUAAGGGCCAUGAGUUAAUUAGAGAAGCUGAUACGGUUGUUUAA